AAGUCAUACGAUUUCGUUGCGAGUCGACAUCAGCUGACGAAGUGCACCAAGACCUUCGUGUGCAUAUUUCUGCCUCUGUCGACAACAGUUGAAGAUGUGCAAUAAGGCCCGUAUAUUACUAUUUCUGUCGCUGUUGCUCUGUGUUGAUGUUUCCAUGUCAGGAGUCUCCAAAGGAAAGCAGGACUUCGCUGUUAACGUCAGCAGUGACGGCACCUACAGCAUCGUUGUUCAGGGAGAUGUGUGGCUGAAGAGCGCUCCUACCUUCUUCAGAGCUGAUGGUCAAGUGUUCUCCUCUGCUGAUGGAUCUCUGAAGUUGGUCAAGAACACUCAGUCCAGUGGUGUGGACGUCAUCGGGCAGUGGGAGGCCAACAGCUUCUUGUACCAGGCAGGGUCCAGUCAGAUCGAGGCUAGCUUUGUACAGUACACACCAGAUCCAAGCAUAUUCACCUACAACAAUCCGGCCAUACCGUUCAUGUUGUUCAAACAGCGUUACAUCAAUGGAGCAAACAACACCGCCUUCAACAGCAACUUCACCAUUUCUGGCUUUCCUGGAUUUCUAAUUCAAGAAUCAACCAUUCCAUUGGGAUACCUCAGUUAUGGAGGAUUGAUGUUUGGUUUCAAGUAUCUCACGGCUGGGCAGUGGGGACCAUCAUCGUUCAAAAUCGACGAUGGCAUCGAAGGUGGACCCCUGACUUUAUUUGAUAAAGUAAAGACUGCAAACACACUGAUUAUCUCCCCUGCCAGUCGGUUUAUGUCGUCAUCAAUAUGGCGUCAGAACUCCAGCACCGGCGGGGACAAUGUCUACUGGGGGACGAUGGGAGGAGUCGUAGAUGUCCCUGUUGGUGUUGAAAGCAGUUUUAUUCUUUUCUGUGGUAACCAAGGCAUUAAUAAGGCCAUGGUGAGUUGGGGGCAAAUCUUGAAACAAUGGCACGGCCGGACAGAUCAAUAUGUCAAGUCCGACUUUACCAUCAACUACUUAGGGUACUGGACAGACAACGGGGCGUAUUACUCUUACCUCCCCGAGAAGGGAAAGAAUCACCAGGACACGGUGUUGGACAUCAACAGCUACAUGGUACAGAUAGGUGUUCCCGUCAAGUACAUUCAGUUCGACGUGUGGUGGUACAUCACGGGCAAUGACCAUGGUGUUGUGACUUGGUCAGCCAAACCAACGGUCUUCCCAAAUGGAAUGGAGUGGUUAUUUAACAAGACAGAGUUGCCCGUCUUUGGCUACAACACGUUCUGGUCGAGCAACACAACCUACGCAACUGCUAAUGGAGGAAAGUAUGAAUUCCUGAUCGAUGUACCAAAGUCUUUACCACUGGAAGAGAGGUUUUGGACUGACUUGCUCGCUGAGGGAAGGAAAUGGGGUCUGUUUGCAUAUGAACAGGAUUACCUCAGCGAUGAAUUUCGGGGAAUUAACAAGCUUCUGACUGACAUUGACCUUGGCCGCCAAUGGCUGACUCAGAUGGGGAAUGGAGCUGCCAAGAACGGACUGACCAUCCAGUACUGCAUGGCCUACCCACGAUUUAUGUUACAGUCUCUGGAAAUACCUGUCGUCACACAGGCCCGUGCGAGCCAUGACAACCGACCAGGUACCGACAACUGGAAGAUAGGUGUGACGUCACUAUUUGCUUGGGCUAUUGGCGUUGCACCCUUCAAGGAUAAUUUUUGGACAACCAGCGUUCAACCCGGAAAUACUUACAAUUCUACCGAACCCCACACGUCCCUUCACGCCGUGGUUGCAACGUUAAGUACAGGCCCAGUGGGAAUAAGUGACAUGAUUGGAGGCACGAACAAGACACUCAUCAUGAAAUCUGUAAAUGCUGACGGAUUGAUCUUGAAACCAUCACGACCGGCGACUGCAAUUGACAACAGAAUACGGCGGAUGGCUUGGUCAGACUUUGAGGGUCCCAAUGGGGAGGUGUGGUCCACGUAUUCAGAUUUUGGUGGAGAAAACAAGUACGGUAUCAUCCUCGCUGCUGAUCUUAAGGGAAGCUACAACAUGACACCUUGCAUGGCUGGAUAUCAAGGGUUUCCUAAGUCCAUGGUCUUCCCAGCCAAUAGUCCCAACAGGACCCAGCCCUUGACGGACGCCCAGCCUCUGACGAUGCGUAACUGUACCAUAACGGACUUCUGUCUCUUCUAUGUAUCACCAGUACUGGCCUUUAAUGGCAAACAAGUUCUCAUCCAGGGUGAGUUAGACAAGUGGGUGCCCAUGUCACCCCAGAGAGUGACGGGCAUCAACAUUGCCGAUGACAUUACCAUCAGACUCACUGGAGCUGCCCACGAAACUGUCUCCUUCUGGUUCAACGUGGACGGUAAAUCCUCACCUGUGACCUGUACCCUCGGAGCAGGAGGACUAGCCACCCUCAGUUUCACAGCAGGCACAUGUCGUGGAGUGUAAUGAUAUAUACUCUCCCCAAAAAGUAGGGGAAUCUGAACUUUCAAUUCGGACAGGAAUUAUGAGCGUUAAAAUUUUUUUUAAAGGCACAUCGUAAGAACGCACCCCCAUUUCUCUUUAUCACAACCUCUAAACUCAACGCAUGGAAUGCACACCGCAGUAGCGUGCAUGGGGUGUCAUUCUUGGUUCUGACGCUUUUGGCUGUUUUUUGAAUGAAAAUUGUACACAAGCAGAUUUCGCGUCAUACACCAAUCAACGUUCAAAAGCGAUUUCUGUACAAACAACUACGGUCAAAAGGAAGUGCAAAUGGUGAUGCACUCUCAACGCAUUCAUCAUUAUCUUAUCAACAUUGAUUGACUCCCAUAUAUCUCCCAAUAUUUUCAAUCGUAAAUUAGAAAUGAAUCAGGAAAUCCGACUUUUAGUCCUGUGAAGAAACGGGAUACAUGUGCCUUAUAUAUCAGUAUAUUCAUGUAAAUGUGAGUGAGUAAGUGAGUGAGUGAGUGAGUGAGUGAGUCAGUGAGUGAGUGAGUUAAUGUUUAUAGUCACAUCGGCAAUAUUUCAGCCAAUCGUGACUUUAACAAAUUACAAUUUUAUGAUAAAUGCAAUUAAAUUAUAUAAAAUAAAUGUCGCCGAAAGGCAGUAAAAUAACUAGAUUGUCACAGAUAGAGAAAUAAAUUACAUGUAAUGUGAUAUUUUGCCAGUAAAAUGAAAGUGAAAUUUGAAUUAAAUGAACUGCCAAUGCUUCAUUCCGUUUUAUUCGUGUAAACGUGCUUACAUGCUUCUGUAUUCAGUUAUGGGCAUAAUGCAUAUGUAUAGUGCCGAAUGCCUGCAUACCCUUCUCUAUCCUGAACCAUUGAUGAUCUUUAACCUUCCAAGCUGUAAAUAAAUAAUACAUACACUUUCA